AGGGUCGGGAAUGGGGUUGCCUCCACUGCCUAGUCAGCUCUGCGUUCGCUGAAGCCCGGCCACCACCGCGCUAUCGUCGCGGCGCCCCCGCCCCGUCCUCAGCCCGCCUGCCCGCACCGCCCCCCUGAGCCGGCCGGCGGGGCCCGGAGCCAAGACAGAGUCCUCGCCAUGCCGGCCCGGCUACUGCUGCUGCUGCUGGCGCUGCUGCUGCCCGGCCCCGGGAUUUUUGGAAGUCCCAGCACAGUGACACUUCCUGAAACCUUGUUGUUUGUGUCAACCCUGGAUGGAAGUUUGCAUGCUGUCAGCAAGAGGACAGGCUCAAUCAAAUGGACUUUAAAAGAAGAUCCUGUCCUGCAAGUUCCAACGCAUGUUGAAGAGCCUGCCUUCCUCCCAGAUCCUAAUGAUGGCAGCCUGUAUACACUUGGGGGCAAGAAUAAUGAAGGCUUGACGAAACUUCCCUUUACCAUCCCAGAGUUGGUACAGGCAUCCCCAUGCCGAAGUUCAGAUGGAAUUCUCUACAUGGGUAAAAAGCAGGACAUUUGGUACGUCGUUGACCUUCUGACCGGGGAGAAGCAGCAGACUUUGUCAUCAGCCUUUGCAGAUAGUCUCUGCCCAUCAACCUCUCUUCUGUAUCUUGGGCGAACAGAGUACACCAUCACCAUGUACGACACCAAAACCCGAGAGCUCCGGUGGAACGCCACCUACUUCGACUAUGCGGCCUCGCUGCCUGAGGAUGACGUGGACUACAAGAUGUCCCAUUUUGUGUCCAAUGGCGAUGGGCUGGUGGUGACUGUGGACAGUGAAUCUGGCGACGUCCUGUGGAUCCAAAACUAUGCCUCCCCAGUGGUGGCCUUUUAUGUCUGGCAGCGGGAGGGCCUAAGGAAGGUGAUGCAUAUCAACGUCGCUGUGGAGACCCUGCGCUAUCUGACCUUCAUGUCUGGGGAGGUGGGGCGCAUCACCAAGUGGAAGUACCCCUUCCCCAAGGAGACGGAGGCCAAGAGCAAGCUGACGCCCACCCUGUAUGUUGGUAAAUACUCUACCAGCCUCUACGCCUCCCCCUCAAUGGUCCACGAGGGGGUCGCCGUUGUGCCACGAGGCAGCACUCUUCCUUUGCUGGAAGGCCCCCAGACCGAAGGUGUCACCAUUGGGGACAAAGGGGAGUGUGUGAUCACACCCAGCACGGACCUAAAGUUUGACCCCGGGCUCAAAGGAAAGAACAAGCUCAACUACUUAAGGAACUACUGGCUUCUGAUAGGACACCAUGAAACCCCGCUGUCUGCAUCUACCAAGAUGCUGGAGCGAUUCCCCAACAACCUGCCCAAACACCGGGAAAAUGUGAUUCCUGCUGACUCAGAGAAGAGCUUUGAGGAAGUUAUCCACCUGGUUGACCAGACUCCAGUGAACGCGCCCACCACCAUUUCUCAGGACGUGGAGGAGAAGUUCACUCACGCCCCCGCCAAGCCCGAGGCCCCCGUGGACUCCAUGCUCAAGGACAUCGCCACCAUCAUUCUAAGCACCUUCCUGCUCAUCGGCUGGGUGGCCUUCAUCAUCACCUACCCCUUGAGCAUGCAUCAACAGCAGCAGUUCCAGCACCAGCAGUUCCAGAAGGAACUGGAGAAAAUCCAGCUCCUGCAACAGCAGCAGCUGCCCUUCCACGCACCUGGAGACGUGGCUCAGGACACCGAGCUCCUGGACUCGUCCGGCCUGUACUCAGAGAGCUCGGGCACCAGCAGCCCCAGCACGUCUCCCAGAGCCUCCAACCACUCGUUCCACUCCAGCAGUUCUGCCUCCAAGGCUGGCACCAGCCCCUCCCUGGAGCAGGACGACGACGAUGAGGAAACCAGCAUGGUGAUGGUUGGGAAGAUUUCAUUCUGUCCCAAAGACGUCCUGGGCCACGGAGCGGAGGGCACAAUCGUGUACCGGGGCAUGUUCGACAACCGUGACGUGGCAGUCAAGAGGAUCCUCCCCGAGUGUUUCAGUUUCGCAGACCGCGAGGUCCAGCUGCUUCGAGAGUCAGAUGAGCACCCAAACGUGAUCCGUUACUUCUGCACGGAGAGGGACCGGCAGUUCCAGUACAUUGCCAUUGAGCUGUGCGCGGCCACUCUGCAGGAGUACGUGGAGCAGAAUGACUUUGCCCACCUCGGCCUGGAGCCCAUCACCUUGCUGCAGCAGACCACCUCGGGUCUGGCUCACCUGCACUCCCUGAACAUUGUUCACAGAGACCUAAAGCCCCACAACAUCCUCCUCUCCAUGCCCAACGCACAUGGCAGGAUCAAGGCCAUGAUCUCUGACUUUGGCCUCUGCAAGAAGCUGGCAGUGGGCAGGCACAGCUUUAGCCGCCGUUCAGGAGUGCCCGGCACGGAGGGCUGGAUCGCUCCAGAGAUGCUGAGUGAAGACUGCAAGGAGAACCCUACCUACACAGUGGACAUCUUCUCUGCGGGCUGCGUCUUUUACUACGUGAUAUCUGAGGGCAGCCACCCUUUUGGCAAAUCCCUGCAGCGGCAAGCCAACAUCCUCCUGGGAGCCUACAGCCUUGACUGCUUACACCCCGAGAAGCACGAAGAUGUCAUCGCCAGAGAACUGAUAGAGCAGAUGAUCGCGAUGGACCCUCAGAAGCGCCCCUCGGCGAAACACGUGCUAAAACACCCGUUCUUCUGGAGCCUAGAAAAGCAGCUCCACUUCUUCCAGGACGUGAGUGACCGAAUAGAAAAGGAGUCCCUGGACGGCCCGAUUGUGAAGCAGCUGGAGCGAGGCGGGAGGCCUGUGGUGAAGAUGGACUGGAGGGAAAACAUCACUGUCCCCCUCCAGACAGAUCUGCGUAAAUUCAGAACCUAUAAAGGCGGCUCCGUCCGAGAUCUCCUCCGAGCCAUGAGAAAUAAGAAGCACCACUACCGGGAGCUCCCCGUGGAGGUGCGGGAGACCCUGGGCUCCCUCCCCGAAGACUUCGUGCGCUACUUCACGUCGCGCUUCCCCCACCUCCUGUCACACACCUACCGGGCCAUGGAGCUGUGCAGCCACGAGAGGCUCUUCCAGCCCUACUACUUCCACCCACCCCCGGAUCCUCAGCCCCCAGUGACUCCAGAGGCCCUUUGAACAUGGAAGCCUCCCUUCUGGUGGCCCCAGCUGUGACUGAGGGCCUGGUCUCUACCAGCCAGAGCCACUGAGCAGGAAGACCAGGCUCCCAAACCCAGUGCCUUGAGCUGCCUGUUCUGCAGCCAGCAGAGGGUGCUGACCCUGGGAAGUGUGAGAGGUGACCCCUCCUGACCUGCGGGAAGCUGAGAAGAGGUUCGCCCUGAAAGUUUUGCCAUCAGGGAACAUCUGCAAAGAAGGGCUCGUCCCGGAGUCAGUGAAAGGAGCACCCUCUGCCUCCUCAUGGAUAAACUUGCUUCAAACUCACAUUUCUUUUUAAGGUUCCUGUUUGAUAUCAGCCUAAGGGCCUUUAAGGAAGAGAAAGGAAGAAAUCCUAAGCUUUGCCUGCUUGCUGGGACCAGCAGUCUGAGAUGCACUAAGUGCGACCUCUGCUGGAAAUGGGGCUCCAGAGGCGAGGGGUGCGAGGAGAAGGAAGAGCAUGUUCAGAGGGUGUCGUCCCUUGGGCCCGGAGAUCACGAUCACACAUCACAAGUGCACCCAAAUAGCCCAGAUUCCUGUAACCAGUGUUUCCUCGGGGGCAGCGUUGGGACAAGUCAGCGUCUCAAGCUGGAAAGUGAGGCCAUGUCUGCAGGUCUCGGAAGUGAACAGGACACUCUAUUCUGAAGCAGCUGUGGCCCAGUGCACCGGUGGCCUGAAUGGUGGCUUUUGGUGGCUUUGUGCCCUGGAUCAUUUGGGGAUGUUUAAGAGCAUUUGGAGACAAGAAGUGAUACAUUCCCUGGCCACGAAGGAGAUCAGCUAAGACCCAGCCAAGGACAGGCCUUCAGGACUGGAGGGGAGCAGGCCAAAUGGGUCACAACAGCCACCCGAGAGAGCCCUGGAGCCAGCAGGAUGGGUCGGGGUUGGGAGCCAAAGCCAGUCACCACACACUUCAUAGGCAGGAUUUUAUGUUUCUCUUGGCAGAUUUUAAUAACUUUAUAUUUUGAUCAUACUGUAGAAUGCUACAUUAGCACAAGUAAGCUCAACUUAACUUGAAGCUUACUCAUGAAGAAGAAAUUCAAGAUAUAUAAUACAUCUAUAUGUGUGGUAACAAAAAAUCCCCAUCCCUUCCAGAAAGAGUGUUCAGAUUUAGAACAUUCUCUAAUGCUAAAGAGUAAAACUAUAGCAACACUAUACACAUGUAUAACUUCAAAGUAAUAUUCCCUAAAUUAUGUCGAUACCAUGUUAUUUUUUCCCCUAAAAUUAAUAUAAUUUUUAACCUUAGUUUCAACCAAAAAUUCCUCCAUCUUUACUGAGAGCCUUAGAGGUUAAAUGCAGUCAGGGUACCGUGUCAGGAAAUGUUUUCUGUGUACUUUCUCCAGCUGGGGGAACGGUUCAUUGCAGUUCAGUCCUACGUGAACUCGGAGACUCCACUCAGGAGUAAGAAUGUUACUGUCAAGUUUUACUAACUGACAGAAAUCACUGUUUCUUGUUGUGAGAUGUUUUCUGGUGGAGUAUGUGUGUGAGGACUGCUCAUCAAAACCUCUCGCUCUGCCUUGGUGGAAUUCAGUUCCCUUCCUUUCAUAAUGCCUAAAGUCACUUUUUGUCCUAAAUAUUAUCCUACAUCUUGAACCUCGUCAUUUACCUCGUUUAGACCUUGGAACCCUGGCAUCCUUGGUUGGCAUCAUGGGGUCUUGUAUGUGCCACACUAUUCAUUUUUCAGGAAUAUGGCCAGACAGGUUUCUUUUCUCCGCUCUGAUUGGCCUGGGCCAGCCCCGUUCUCCAUGUGACUCUGCAGGUCACUUUGCUGUGGGCCUGAGUGGGGACAGCCCGCAAGACGGUCAGAGGUAGAGAAGGUGCCAUGAGUGAUGUCACAGGACUAUCAGCUUUCUGUGCUGCCUCGUCACUGCUGAAUGCUCUCUUGGGAGAGUAGCCAGAUCAUGUCUAGCUGCCCAGUAUUUGUCAUCUGUCUGUGUUGGCCCAACCUGCCUGCAGGACAGCUUGUUUUUUAAAUGCCUCUUCUGCCUAUCAGAUUCGUUCCUAACCACGUGACUUUCUCAAACUCAUUUAUUCAACAUAUUGUACCUAAGCACUUACCAUAUGAGCUAGGGACACAGAGGUGGUGGGCAAGAUAGGCAGAACCUCUGCUUCAUAAGCACCUAUAAGUGAAAGAGACAACAAACAAAUACUAGUUCUAUGAAGAAAACCCAGGGAGUGCAAAAGGGCAUGCAGUUGGGGUUUGCACCUCUUCUGUCCUAAAGCUGCCCAUGUCCCAGGACCCAUUGGCUCUGAUCAGGUUACUCGAUGUUCCUCUUUCCUCUGUCCCUUUUCAGAACCCACUCAACUCGUCAGUGCUUCGGGUGGUUUGAAGAGGUCUUGCGUGGGCACUUGUCAUGAAAACACCCUGGUGUCCUUUGGUUUGUAGAAUUGGGGUUUUCUGUUGUGCUCAGUCCAGUGGAAAGGUGUCUGUCUUUGCUGGAACAGGGUUCUGCAGCCGUGUGCAUCCUGUGUCAGCUGAGCUAUUUGAUCUUAAGUGUGAUUCCUGGAAGGCAGUGUAACUCUUAAAAGUACGCUCCCUUCAUUUUUACAACAGAAUUUUGUUGCUUCUCUUAGGAAUCCUGAGGACACUAUAAUUUACUUAAAUCUUAUGUUGAACCUUGUAUUGAAUCUGACUUUGGCACACCUGCCAGAAUUUCUCUUGUUACUUCUUGAAACUUUUUAACAUCAGCUUAUAAAGAACUGCACAUGUCACUAGGCGUCAGAGCAUGUGCCCUUUGGGGAAUCAUUGUUGUUACUUGAUGAGUCCCUAAACUAUCCAGUUGCCGACGUAGAAAACCCCGGGUGCAAAGUGUCUUCUCUUCCCCCUCGGUCUCAGUGCAGGCGUCAUCCUACAGUCUUUCCAGUGAGACAUCACCUGACUCGUUACGUGUGUUAUAUUGGAAUGCCCACACAGGUUAGUGGGUCCAGCAAAGCAUUUUCUUCCCACCAACUCAGAAGAAAGGUCCUUAUCAGAGUGAACCCUGAUCCUUUCGGGAAGGUUUGGUGUGACUGUGAUUCAUUUAUCUUUGCGCUUCUUUCUCACUGCAGUACAAGAGAUGAGUCGGUUGCCGAUCUGACCUCUCUCACAGAUGUGGGGGCAUUGGGUUGGGGGGCUUUCUCCUCUUGGCUGCUGUCUUCUCAGAAGUUGGACUCGGGCCAGCUUUGGAUUUCCCGAGACUGUCCCCCUACUCCAUCUCUGUUUAUCGGGUCCUCAGUCUUGAGGUCCUCACGGAAGGGGCGCUGGUUCUACUUCCGCAGCCUUCAGUGCCAGGAGGAGCUGGAAGACAAAGCAGGGCACACCUGUUGAACAGCACCUUUAAAUUCCCUUUAGCUUUCUCUGUGCUCAUUUCUGAAUUCCCUUUUCUUCGUAUUGCUUUGGCCGUUCCUUCACCAUCCUGGAGCAGUCCUUUUAGUUGAGUUUGACCAGGCAUUGGCCUUUCCUGGAAGGAAGUCAAAAGGUAUUCUCUACAGAUGAACCAAAACUCUGCCCUGCAGGGUUCGACCAUUAUCUUUUAAACCAAAAUGUCUCCUCUUCCUGUACUUUAUGAAACAGUGAUUCCCCUCGAGUAACUCUGGUUCUGACUUUUGUGGCAGCACAAAUCUUUUCCCUAUUCGUUGGAAAACCACAAAGAACCAUCUGCAAUGAGCCUCCCCCUGGAGCUGCCUUAACCAACAACUCCGGCCAAAGUCCCCACCCCCUCUGCUCCUUGUACGUUUGGUGGGUACAGUAUUUCUUUUCAGUGUCCCAAAAGCUGUGACGGGGGUGUCCCCACUUACGAAGAAAGCAUUACCAGUCAACUCUGCAGCAUUCUCAGAUGCAAACCUUAUGUAGUGUUCUUAUUUAUUUAACCUAUUUAUAUUUAUUUAAUUUUACUCUGAAGUAUAUCCAGUUACAAUUGCACUUGCUUAAAGCACAUCAGAUUUGUUUUGGACAACACCCCUGACCAUUUUAAAACUGGAAAAGGAAAAGGUAUACUGUAUCCUCCCACAGGAUGGACGCCUUACAGGAGUUUUGUCAAUAAAGGGUGAAUAUUUUGGUCGUGGUAAAAACGUUAAGUUUUAAGUGAUUCUUUUAAAAGAAAAUUCUGUGCCAUUGUGUCUUCUCUGUGGAUGAUUAAUUGUUUAAUGUGUAUGUGUUAAUUGUGUGAUACAAUCCUCUUUGUGGAACCUAAAACUCCUCUUUGUAGCUUUAUAUUUUAUAAACUGCCAGAUUGUACAAUUUUUAUGUGUAUUUUUAAAGCUUGAUGAUGUGAGGAUAAUUAUAUAAGUUAAAUGGCCUAUUUUUGUACCUCCUGUACAGUUUUAUAAUUCCGCUGAUUGAUGAUGGCGUCUUAUGUUGAGCCAAGCACAAAUAAAGGUAGUUUUAGAUU